CUAAGCGAUUGCACCUGACUAAUCAGAAACACCUGUGAAUCCAAAUCUGGCAACACUGUCGCUCGCCCUGCGAGCGCCAUUUGUCCGUCUCACAGGCACCUGGUCGUAGAAGGAGUACUGAGCUUCAAUGACAAUCCCAGUGGACCGGAACUCAACGAUUCUAGAGUCGAACUCCGCUGAAAUCAGUCCAGCUGUUGUGGACACCGUGGGGGUAGGACACCAGACUGAAAAUAUUGACCCUGAAGUGAUGCCUGAGCUGGUGCCAGAUGGUUUCUUAGCUAGAGAGGGAGAUAUCUUGGAGCAGUUGGACAAAAAUGCAGUGGGGCCCACCUGGUUAGUGAAGACAGGUUAUGUCUUUGUGGCAUACAAAAUAGACAACAAGCUGGCCCACAGGGAAAAGGACAUACUUGCUGCCUUUCAAGGGAUUUCCCAAGAAACCUGUGUCUCGUUUCAUGCACACAAGGCGGAGAUGGAUUACUUGUUGUUCACUUACGCCUAUGGGUGUGCAUCCUACCUGGGCAAGAGAGGGGGAAUGCAGCCUGUCUACAUUGGUGACAGAUGUAAAAUAGGAAACAUCAUCCAUGAGAUAAUGCACGCGUUGGGCUUCCACCACGAGCAUAUGCGCAAGGACCGAGACAAACACAUCACCGUCAUCUAUGAGAACAUCCUUCCAGAAAAGAAGAGAAAUUUUGCCAAAGUACAUGGAAACACCCAGGGUCUGCCUUACGACACUGGAUCAAUCAUGCACUAUGGACAGCAUUUCUUUUCCUGUAAUGGAAAAGAAACGAUCACAUCUAAGAACGGGGAGCCCAUUGGCCAGAGAAUCCAUCUGAGUUUGCUGGAUGUCCAGAGGGUACAAUUGCUGUACAAGUGUGACAUGGGAAAUGCCAGUGAACUGACCACUGCGGCGCCCUUGAGCACCUCCACUGAGGAGCAGACGACCAUUUCCAAAGUCACAUCAGCCCCGGUGCAGACCCAAUCUACAACUGCUCCGCUGAACACCCAGACUACACCUGUUCCACUAAGCACCCAGACUACACCUGCUCCACUAAGCACCCAGACUACACCUACUCCGCUAAGCAUCCAGACUACACCUGUUCCACUAAGCACCCAGACUACACCCGCUCCACUAAGCACCCAGACUACACCCGCUCCGCUAAGCACCCAGACUACACCCGCUCCGCUAAGCACCCAGACUACACCCGCUCCGCUAAGCACCCAGACUACACCCGCUCCGCUAAGCACCCAGACUACACCCGCUCCGCUAAACUACACCUGCUCCGCUAAGCACCCAGACUACACCCGCUCCGCUAAGCACCCAGACUACACCCGCUCCGCUAAGCACCCAGACUACACCCGCUCCGCUAAGCACCCAGACUACACCCGCUCCGCUAAGCACCCAGACUACACCCGCUCCGCUAAGCACCCAGACUACACCCGCUCCGCUAAGCACCCAGACUACACCCGCUCCGCUAAGCACCCAGACUACACCCGCUCCGCUAAGCACCCAGACUACACCCGCUCCGCUAAGCACCCAGACUACACCCGCUCCGCUAAGCACCCAGACUACACCCGCUCCGCUAAGCACCCAGACUACACCCGCUCCGCUAAGCACCCAGACUACACCCGCUCCGCUGAACACCCAGACUACACCCGCUCCGCUAAGCACCCAGACUACACCCGCUCCGCUAAGCACCCAGACUACACCCGCUCCGCUAAGCACCCAGACUACACCCGCUCCGCUAAGCACCCAGACUACACCCGCUCCGCUGAGCACCCAGACUACACCCGCUCCGCUGAGCACCCAGACUACACCCGCUCCGCUGAGCACCCAGACUACACCCGCUCCGCUGAGCACCCAGACUACACCCGCUCCGCUGAGCACCCAGACUACACCCGCUCCGCUGAGCACCCAGACUACACCCGCUCCGCUGAGCACCCAGACUACACCCGCUCCGCUGAGCACCCAGACUACACCCGCUCCGCUGAGCACCCAGACUACACCCGCUCCGCUGAGCACCCAGACUACACCCGCUCCGCUAAGCGUUCCGCAGACGGCAACUCCAUACGCCUAAAUAACUACUCAGGUGAUCACAUGGUCCACAUCUGCUCCAGUAAACACCCGAUAUACAACUGCUGUGCAGAAUAUCCAAACCAAUCUUCUCCCCUAAAUGCCGAAUCUAUACUUGAAGUGGUGAGCCUUUGA